AUGGAUGACAAAUCUCAGGCUGAAGAAGCUAUCCGAAACCUGCAUCACUAUGACCUCAAUGGCCAGCCUAUGAAUGUGGAAUUGAGUCGUGGGAAGUUGAGGGGGUCUACCAAGCUCCAUGUUGGCAACCUUGCGUGCACUAACCAAGAGCUUAGAGCCAAGUUUGAAGAGUUUGGUCGCGUCUUGGAGUGUGACAUAGUAAAAAACUAUGCCUUUGUUCACAUGGAGAGGCUGGAUGAUGCGAUGGAUGCCAUUAACAAUUUAGACAACGCUGCGUUUAAAGGCAAACUGAUGAGCGUGAAGCUUUCUACUAGUCGGCUUCGUACUGCGCCGGGAAUGGGAGACCGGGCGAGCUGUUACCGUUGCGGGGAGGAAGGCCACUGGUCCAAGGAAUGUCCUCUUGACCAAAAUGGCUAUCCUCGAAACGGCUCGGGGCCGAGGUCGGACGGAUUCGAUGCUCCGAGAUUUGCUGGGCGCGGUCGCAACAGGGGGUAUAAUCCGGGCUUCGGCGGUGAACCAGAGUUCGAAGGUGCUUAUCCUCCGGUACCUAGUUCCCGUGGACCGCCGGGUUACAGACGUGGUGCGGCCUAUGAGAGUUCGGUGAGGUAUGGCCCUCCGGCGUAUGGUGGCGGUCCUGAGCAGGACGUGGCUCGAAUGUACAGCGCUGAGGCGGCAUACAGAAGCAGCAGUUCGUAUUAUGGCGCGGUUCCAUCCUACCCGGUCCGACGAUCUGCUUAUGAACGGGAUCCGUACGAGGCCGUGGAUUACUACGAGAGGUACAGGGCCGGUGCGUACAGUGCCAGUUAUUUAGAGGACCGCCGCUCCGUUCCCAUUCCUGCUCCUCCACCACCAUCUUCGGCAAUAAUGAGGGAACGUCUGCAACCCAGUGCAUACAGUAUUCCUCCCAUCCCUCCACCUCCCGCUCCUGUGUCAUCCUACCUAACGCGUGAGCGCAGCCCAAUUCGCAGAGUUCCUGAUCCGAUCGGGUACUCGUAUGAUCGUUCUCAUGUUCCAUCUACAGCCAGUCUCCAAAGAAGUUCAACCUACGAGCACCCGCGGGAUCCCGCUGCCGACCGAGCACGCUACGGUUACUAG